AAGAAUGAGGGCAAUCUGUUCAACCUGGAAAUAUGUUAAAAUAAUGGGCUAUGCAUUCAUCUUGGGUGUUGUUCAUCAUUCGACAACAUACGAGUUAAAAGAGCGCCCUGACUGUGAAUGGUAUUGUAAGAAAGUACAACAAUGGGAGGGCUCAUGUCCUGUAUAUGGGUCCUGUCGGUGGUAUUGUCAGGCAAAACGCAAAGACUGCACCCCCAGUACACGAUAUCAUUGUGCCAGAGAUUUGCACAACAAGACCUUAUUCAUUGAAACGUGCGCAGCAGAAAUAUUAUGUUUGGCAGGAGAAGAACCUCAAAUAUCUUUACAACAGAGUGGCAAAGCUUAUGUGUAUUGCCGACCAUGUUACCGACAAAACAUGUACAAUGGUCGACAUAACACAUCAUCGGCGGUUUUUAGUGAAUGUCCUGCUAUGAAAACAAACUUGUGUGUGAAGGCUGAGCACAAGAUUGACUGUGACAAAACUUCAUAUUUGGAACUAACAAAAACUGACGGAUAUUGUCGAUGUGACGCAAGAAAUGGUUAUGCAGCGCAAUCAGAGGAAAUGUGUUUUUAUCAAAAUAAACGCUGCUUCAAGAAGAAAUGUCCUGAAGGCAACGUUCUUUCUUUGAAUUACACGUGUGUAAAUGAAUGCCCCGUCGAAUUUGCAAGAUCAGAUGAAUCCGAUAUUUGUAACAAACUGAAAAGGUACGUCUGUGACUGUGUUUAUGAUGUGUAUUUUUAA